AUGGGACGUGAGGAGCAAGGAAGGACUUGGUGCAUGGACGCAGCUCAACUGGACACGCAAAGGAAGAAGGAGGAAGCCAUCUUGAAGACCAGCUCGACCACCUACUCGACCAUCCGGUCGAGUUCCUCAACUCGACCGGCCAAGCUUCAACUCGAUCGAGCUGAGAAGUCAACAGUCAAACCCGAAAAAUGUUGCUUCCCCCUUGACUUCCCUUUGACCCUAAACCUAAUCCUCUUGUGUAUGCGAACUCGAUCGAGUCGGUCAACAGAAGACUUGGUCGAGCUAGACUUUACACGGGUAGAAAGAGAAGUUCAGAGAGGGAAUGGAAACCCUUUGGGCAAUGGACUCGGUCGAGCUAGGCAAACUCGACCGAUUGGUCUAGGAGAUGCUCCAAACCGCCAUCAACAGAGACAAGGGAUUGUUCCACCACCAGUGCAGAACCACAACUUUGAGAUCAAGCUGGGAAUGAUCAACCUUGUCAGAACAAGAUGUUCCAUGGAUUGCCAAGUGAAGACCCCAUUGACCACCUUGAUGAGUUUGAUAGCUGACAAAGCUCACCAAUGGGAGAAGAGCUUGCCCCAUGGCACAAUCACCACUUGGGAUGAAUGCAAGAAGGCCUUUCUUGCUAAGUUUUUCUCCACCGGUCGCACAGCCAAGCUUAAGGAGUGA